AUAUUUAAAGUUGCACGGUAUGGUAGUUUGUAGGUCUGUGUUGUAUCGUUUCUAACUUUGUUUUGUGGCGUCAAACCAAAGCUGAAGAUGAAGACUCCUCUGCUGCUGGCUUUGACUCUUUUGUUAUGUGUUUUGGACGGCGGUUCCGCUGUCUUCUCUUCAUGCUCACGUCCUCCAUCAAAGUGGUGUUCAUCUCUGGACUCGGCAGUGCAGUGCGGGGUUUUGAAGCAGUGCCUCGAGUCUAACUUCAACAGAUCCCGGCAGACAUCAGGUGAAGUGGAGGUGGGGCUUUACUAUGAGAGCCUCUGUCCUGGCUGCAGAAUGUUUUUGACUCAGAUGCUCUUCCCCACCUGGCUGUUGCUGAACGAAAUCAUGUCUGUUACUCUGGUGCCUUUCGGUAAUGCAGAGGAGAAACCUAUUGGACAGAAGUAUACUUUCGUGUGCCAGCAUGGAGAAGAGGAAUGUCUUGGCAACAUGAUUGAGGCUUGUCUAUUGAACAUGACCAGCAGUGCGUUCGAGGUCAUCAACUGCAUGGAAUCCUCCAAUGAUGUCAUCAAGUCAGCUGAGAGUUGUGUGAACCUCUACACCUCUGAUGUGACCUGGGAAAGCAUCAUGAGCUGUGUGAAAGGGGACUUGGGAAACCAGCUGAUGCAUCAGUGUGCCUUGAAGACUAAAGCCCUGGCCCCUCCCCACGCGUAUGUGCCCUGGAUAACCAUUAAUGGGGAGCACACAGAUGACUUGCAGAACAAGGCCAUGACGUCUCUCUUCUCUCUUGUCUGCAACAUGUACAAGGGUCCCAAGCCCCCCGCCUGUGGAGAGGGCCAGAGACACUUCAGAAGCUACUGCCACAAAGAGUGAAGGAGCAGCACUGCACAUACUUGCUCUGUUCCAGGUGUGGUCCAGUAGAUAAGGAACACUGAGGAAUGUCAUCAAAUACAUUUUUUUAUUGUGAUUUUACUAUCUGUUUCUACAAAGGGAAAACAAAUCACUUUUUAAUUCACCAAAUACAAAUACAAUUCACUUUCUAAA